UCUUCUUCUACUUCGUCUUCUUCAUUCUCGUCAAUCAUCAUCUUCUUCACCAAACCAAAAUCGGGAAAAAUAUUGAUGUUAGAUGGCAGUUAGACUACAGAGACCUGGUCUUGUAUCCUCAAGCUCUUCAAAUCAAUGUCAGCGGAGGAUGUCUAUUGUAACUUUCAUAUCCUGUAAAAAGACGGUACACUUGGAGUACUUGUCAAAUUGUUGGAGCAAUCCUAGUAGUAGUAGGAGUCAUUUGUUUGUAAGAUAUGGUUAUUUGGAAAAGAGCAAAAUUCGUAGAUCACAGAGUCUGGUCUUGGCAUCUGCUGAAGAUGGAGUGGCUAUUAAUGGAAGUCCGAAGCCAAGAUCUGGCAGUGAUUCUGUGGAGGUGAGGACCAGUUUCACCGGAUCAGUAGAAUAUGAAAACUGCUGUGAUGGACUCAUUCAGUCUUUGCACGAUGCUGCCAGAACUCUUGAGUUGGCUGUUAUAGAAAAGAUUUCUCCGUCUAGGUUUUCAUGGUUUUCUGUGACUUGGCUUGGUGCUGACAAAAACGCAUGGGUCAAGACCCUUUCCUAUCAGGCUUCUCUGUACUCCUUACUACAAGCAGUAAAUGAGAUUUCUUCUAGAGGAAAUUACAGAGACGAGGAUAUUAAUGUCUUUGUUCAAAGGAGCUUAUCACGCCAAGCUGCUCCCCUUGAGAAUAUGAUGCGAGAAAAUCUAUCUUCGAAACAUCCUAAAGCCUAUGAAUCGUUUUGGUCCGAGCAAAUUCCUUCCACUGUGACAUCUUUUGUGAAUUAUAUAGAGGGAGACCAAAGAUUUGUUGCUGCCACUUCUGUCUAUGCGAAAGGGAAGUCCACAGCUGCUAGUAAUGAGGUUGAGGUGUCACUUCUCAUGCUUGUGCUCAAUUGCAUUGCAGCCAUAACGAAAGUUGGCCCGGCAAAAUUUUCCUGCCCGCCCUUCUUCUCUGUGAUUCCAGAUACAACUGGAAGAUUGAUGGAAAAACUUGUAGACUUCGUUCCACUUCCCCAAGCGUAUCAUUCAAUCAAAAGCAUAGGCCUACAAAGAGAAUUUCUUACUCACUUUGGUCCUCGCGCAGCAGGGUGCAGAGUAAAUGGUGACAUUGCUACAGAUGAAGUUGUUUUCUGGGUCGAUCUUAUACAGAAACAACUGCAGCGGGCUAUAGAUCGAGAGAAAAUAUGGUCAAAGUUAACAACAUCCGAAUGUAUAGAGGUUUUGGAGAGAGAUUUAGCAAUUUUUGGAUUCUUCAUUGCUUUAGGCAGGAGCACACAGACUAAUUUAGCUGCAAAUGGUUUUGAUUCCCUGGAGAAUCCUUUGGAGGACCUUGUUAGGCAUCUUAUUGGGGGUAGCGUCCUGUACUAUCCUCAACUUUCAGCCAUCAGUUCAUACCAGCUGUAUGUCGAGGUUGUUUGCGAAGAACUAGACUGGAUUCCUUUCUAUCCAAACAAUACUAGCACACAGCCUCCAAAACAAUCACAUGGGCAUAAGAGCAAACCAGAAGGGCCACCUAAUUAUGAAGUUAUUCCCGAACUGUUGGAUGUUUGCUCUUAUUGGCUACAGAGCUUUAUUAAAUAUAGUAAAUGGCCAGAGAAUCCUUCUAAUGUCAAGGCAGCUAAAUUCUUAUCCAAGGGGCACAAGACUUUGGUUCGGUGUAAAAAAGAACUGGGGAUAUUAAAGAAUGCAUCAUCAAUUGUUAGAGAGGCGAACUCAUUUGACAAGGCCCUAGAAAGUGUAGAUGAAGCCCUCAUGAGGCUGGAAAGCCUGUUACAGGAGUUGUAUGUAUCAAAAUCAUCGUCUGGGAAGGAACAAAUAAAAGCCGCUUGCUCUGACCUAGAAAAAAUAAGGAAGCUUAAGAAAGAGGCUGAAUUUCUAGAGGCAACUUUUAGAGCCAAAGCAGCUUCCUUGCAACAGGGAGGUGACAAAAAUGAUUCUCAGGAAUCCUACGUGGUACAGAAACGGUAUUUUAAAGGGAAAGACACAAACAACGCAAUUAGUACUGAGGAUCAAGGCAAAAGUUUGAGUCGUGGAUUCUGGGGAUUCUUUGUACGGCCUACAAGGAAGAAGCUUGAUCCUGAGUUAUCGUCUAGCAGGGAUAAAGGUUCAAGUAUUUUUUUCCUGCAUAUGCAGAGAGAUGAAUAUAUUGGGAAAUCCAGUGGAAACUUACUUAGCGCAGACUCGGAACCAAAUGAGAUCAGCCGAUUCGAAAUUCUUAGGAAUGAGCUGAUAGAACUGGAAAAUCGGGUCAAAAGAAGCACUGAUCAGUCAGUAGAUGAGGAGGAAAGAAUCUCUGCGGAUACUCCUCAACCAAGCAGUAGAACGGAAAAUGUUCAGUUGGUUCAGACUCCAAAGAAGGAAAACAUGAUUGAGAAAACUCUUCAAAAGCUAAGAGAAACCACCACGGACGUGUGGCAAGGCACUCAACUUCUUGCCAUCGAUUCAGCAGCUGCUAUACAGCUACUUCGGAGGUCUCUAAUUGGUGAUGAAUUAACAGGAAAAGAAAAGAAAGCCCUGCGCAGAACCAUGACUGACUUGGCAUCAGUUAUUCCCAUCGGAAUUCUAAUGCUUCUUCCUGUCACAGCGGUUGGUCACGCAGCCAUGCUGGCUGGAAUUCAGAGAUAUGUGCCAGGCCUGAUUCCAUCCACAUACGGGUCCGAAAGGUUGAACUUAUUGAGACAGCUUGAGAAAAUCAAGGAACUGCAAACAAAUGAAACUGAGACCGAAGGAGUCGAGGAAAUAGCAUUAUGACUAGAAGGAAGCGAUAUAUAGUUUUAUACCUCUAUUCAUUUUGUUCGGUAACUCAUUGCCAAUAGCUGCGCAUAGAGAAUCUCAUUCCAAGUGUCAGGCACACCGGGUAAGCACCAGUGACUGCAGUCUUGAGGAGCAUCUUCAGGAGUUCCUGGUUCUCGAAACCGCGAAGGAUGAGCAUCCUUCCUGAACUCAGUCAGAUAUGUAAUGUUCAGAAACUUAACCUUACUAUGUUCAUAUCUCAUUUCUUGGAUUACUUGAGAAAUAUAAUUGUUGUGGAUA